AAGGCUUAGGGUUUAAACUUUAAAGCCGAGAGAGAGAGAGAGAGAGAGAGGGGGUAUUCGCGGCGGUUCGACGCUCCAAAACCCUCCUCUCCUGUUCUGAAGAGCUUCUCACCGCCAAAUCGUCGAUCCUUCCUCUUCUCUUCCUCCGCCGACAACCAUGUCGAUCGCCGCCCAACUCCAGGCUAUCCGCUCCGUCCUCAGAGGGACUUCGGAGGCGCAGAUUCGCCCCUCCGUUCUUUUCGACUCCAGAGCGGCUUCCGACAUCGAUCUCAAAACAAUUUUCCCCAUAGCGCUGUCAGGGUUGGAGGUCCUUAUCGAGUUGGAUACUCGCUUCAGAAGCUACAAAGACUCUCUUUUUAACCAGACUAGUCUCGAGUUGAAUAGGGAGAAGAUGGUUCCUAAGGAAGAAGAGAAGGUCAACAGGUCCAUAUGCUCGUACCUCCGGUUGCUUUCCGGGUACUUGCAGCUCCAUGCUGCUCUCAAGACGCUUGAAUAUCUCAUCCGCCGAUACCUAGUUCAUAUAUACAAUCUGGACGAACUGAUUCUCUGUGCACUACCGUUCCAUGACACGGAAACUUUUGUUCGCAUUGUCCAAUUGCUGGAUUUAGGAAAUAGCAAGUGGUUGUUUCUCGAAGGUGUCAAGGCUUCAGGUGCACCUCCACCAAGGCAAGUCAUCGUGCAACAGUGCGUUCGUGAUAAAGGGCUUUUGGAGACUUUGUGCAACUAUGCAUCUCCAACAAAAGAGUUUCAGCAUUCGAGACCUGUUAUUUGCUUUUGUACUGCAGUUGCUGUGGAGGCUUUGGGUGCCAUCCCUAAGCUGGACACUGAUACCGUACAGAGGGUCUUGGGAUUUGUAUUUAAUGGGCUUAACCCUGCUAUGAGUGGAAAUCAGGAUCACAAGGCUGCUGCUCUAAUGGUAGUUGGUUUACUAGCUACUAGAGCAACAUUAUCCUCUAAGCUUAUCCAGAGUUUGAUAUUCUUCAUUGCAAGGAUGGCUCAACGUGAUGCAAAUCAGUCAGUGGACUUGCCAUGGCUUCGUGUGAUAAUAAUGGCUUUAGUUACCCUUGUUCAGUCACAGUCCAAACAGAUGCUACCAAAGAAAACUGUGAUGAUUUUACGGGAAAUAAGGGACUUUCCUGGAGUACUUACUGGCUUGUAUAAUGAGUUCAAUAUUUGGGGUUUUUUUCAACUUUACAUGGAGUCAUUGGUUGAGCACAGCAGGUCCGAGGAUUCCUUGCUUGAUACUCUGCUUGUUAUGAUUGAGGCUCUUCCAUCAAAGGAUCUUGUUGAAAUUAUUGUGUCUAAGGUGCUAGCAAGUUGCAUGAAGUUGUCACAAAGGAUGGAUACCUCAGAUCCACAUGAAGCAGGUAACUGGGGAAAGAAAAUUCUUAAUGUGCUCAACAAGCAUUAUCCAUGUGAACUGCGUGGAGCAAUUCGGAAAUUUCUCGAGAACUCUAGAAUGAACCUAAAGGAUGAAGAAAACAUUGUGCAAAGGUUCUGUCUGAUGUUUGAUGGAGCAUUGGACAUGCCAUCAGAGAUCUCUGAUUCAAAAUUAUGGUUUUUGCUGGAACAUCCCAAGGCUGUGGUUCGUCAAGCCACUUUGUCAAAUAUAGCUGCAUCUGGAAUUCUGAAAACUAUAGCUGCUGAUCCUAAGAAACUUAUGAACGUACAAGAUGCAAUAGUGCGUGCGCUACAUGAUGAAGAUUUAAGUGUUGUAAGAGCAGCUUUGUCUAUAGAUGGACUGGCCAGAAUUGCAAGUCCGCCUUGUCUCCUCAAAGCUUAUGAUCAUGUACUUUCCAGAUGCACCAGCAUAUUCAAGAAAAAUAUAUCCCAAACAUCUCUAGCUUCUGAUAUUGCUGUGUCAUGUCUUGAACGCAUGGUUCUGGAGUUUCAGUCGCAACACUUGGAUUACUCUAUAGAAGUUGCUAAAAUGAUUUUCCCUUUGCUCCUUGUUCUUCCAAAGACAUGGAGGGUCAACUUGAAAACUUUGGAACUAGUUAAUAAAGUAAAGUGGUCGUUUUAUGCUGAAAUUUCUACUGCACACAAUUCAGUAAAAUUUGAUCAAAUGAAGAAUCCUCAUUUUGAUCAUGCUGCUUCUAUUAAUUCAAGAACUAUUAAAGCUUUGGCUGAAACAUUUGUUGCAAACCCUCAAGAGAAUAUUCAGUGGUUGAUCGAGUGCAGCAGCUACAGUAAACAGUCUAAGACUUUGUUUUUCUUCAUCAUAUUCCAGGCACUGAUGAUCAUAAAUGCAGAGUUUGGCAGCCCACUGAAGAUAUAUCAGGCUUGCUUUUUAGCUUUCAAGAAUGAGUGGCAUGAAAUGGAGCUGCAAGGAGGUUUGGUUCCUGCCGAAGAGUUCAAUGUGGACAAAUUUGGAAAAUCUUGUUUGGAAUUAGUUAAGCAGCUGUCUAGUGCUGAUGUUGAAGCACUGAAUUGGAAUAUUCUAAUUUGUGUUUUCUGGACAAUACUGAAAUCAUACAAUGAAGCAGCUAAGCAUAAUAAAUUGGAAGAUUUUGCUGAGAAUUUUAAUAUUCUUGAUGAGCUGUAUCUCUUCUUUACUACAUCACCUUCCAGGAAACUCUUCAGGAGUCAUAUUCAGUUUCUGGUGAUGAAUUGCUGCAGAUCUCCUUUUGAGUUUCUAUCGAAAUAUUUCACAGAAGAAGGCUUUUCUGUCGAUGUUCAAGUUCAGAGCCUGGAUUUGUGUGGGACUAUAUGUUCCCUAUGUGCACUACCAGAGAGGCGCAAUGUCGAAGAAGAUAAUUAUUUGCAGCUUUUGCUUGGAUUUCCUUCACUUCUUGUUCCACUUACUAAUUGUGAUAAGGAUAUAAGGUCGUCUGCCAUACAUUGUAUCCAACAGUUCUACAAUCUUUGGUGUACAUUUGAUGUUUCUCGAUUAAAAAAUGGGAAUGAUAUGAUUCUCUCUCAAUUCUCAUCGUCAACUUUUAGAGACUUUCUAGCAUUCCUUGUGAAUGAGAAGACAUUGAUAUCCUCGGAUGUUGAUUUUCUUCCUUCAUAUUUAACAUCAAUGUUGGGUUCUUCAAGCAAUAAUCUCUUAGCUCCUGAUAAUAGUCAAAAUAGAUUUGAUUCACCUACAAAGGAUGGAAUAUUGCUAUUUAUUCUGCAUUCUGGACUGAAAUGUUCCUUGUAUGGGAAGCUAAAGAUCUUAUCAUUGCUCAGUGGAAUGGGAACUUUGUUACUGAAUGUAGAAGGAGUUAAAUCGUUGCUAAUUGAGCUUGUUGAAAGGCAUACCCGGUGCAACGGAGAGCUUGAUAAAAUGGAUCAAAAGCUAUCCAAAAAUGAAAUUCAAGUAUUAUGCUUGCUUUUGGAGAUUUGCUUUCCGUUAUCAAGCACUGCUUGUCUUGACGAGGACAUUUCAGAAUGUGUAUUGAGAGCUUUAAGAGUGGAUGGUUUCUCAACCGAUGACCCUGCUGUUCUGGAACCAUGUGUCACUGUCCUUCGGAAGCUGACUCCUGUUUUUUUUGACAAUCUGAAGACAGAGCUACAGGACGAGCUUUUUGGGAACCUUGUUAUCUUAUUCCGAAAUGACAAUGGGGAUGUGCGAAAUGUGACUAGGGAAGCUCUUCUGAGGUUAAAUAUUAAUUGCUCUACCAUAGUCAGGUUCCUUGAGUUGAUUCUUGUCCAAGGCCAUGAAGUUGGAUCCUCAAAAAGAAUUAAGAGAAGAAAGCAUCCAAGUAAUAAUGCUUUUGCCCUUCGCCAAGACAUAUUGUGUACGGAAGAAUCACGACUUUCUGUUCUCAUGGCAUUGCUGGAUAUGAUGUUACAGAAGAAAGACAUAAAAGAAAGGCCUUUUUUGGUAAAACCACUUUUUGUUUUACUAGAGAAAAUCUUCUCUGAUGAUUGGCUUAUUGAUCUUGCUAAUCAUGGUAAAAAAGAAAUAGUUUCAUCAUCUGAAGUUGCUGAAUCUGUCACUAGUGCAGUUUAUCAUGCUCAACAAACAACGUUAUUGAUUCUUAAGGAUAUUAGUGAUUCACUCUUAUCAAAUCUUCCUCUCUCUGAUAAUGUGUUUAGUGAUGUCAAAAUGGGUCUCUUGGUUGAAAUUGCACGUUCUACUGAUGAUAUCACAACUCGCAACCAUGUAUUCUUGUUGCUAUCUUCUAUCACAAAGGUUUAUUCUGGAUGGAUUUCAGAACAUAUCAUUGAUAUAUUUGCUGUGAUUGGUGAAUCUGCAUUAAAGCAGAAUGAUAGCCACUCUCAACAUGUUUUGGAGGACCUAAUAUCUACAAUGGUACCUUGCUGGUUGUCAAAGACAAAAAGUAUAGACAAAUUGCUUCAGAUUUUUAUAAGAGCUUUGCCAGAGGUUGCUGAACCCCGGCGCUUGACCCUCAUGGUGUAUCUUCUUAGGAUUUUAGGAGAGGAAAGCAGCUUAGGCAUUCUUAUUUUUCAUCUUUUCCGCUCGUUGAUUCUACGGAUCACUGAAGCUCCUGAAAUUCCGAGGGAUUUUAAUAACUUGUUUUCUUCUGUUACCCUUACUGAAUGGGAAUACACAUUUGCAGUAGAAAUAUGCAAUCAGUAUACCUGUAAAAUAUGGUUUCCUUGUUUAGUGAAGCUUGUGCAACUUCUCAGAGAAAAUAGUGGGGAAGAAGAGUUUCUGCUUGAACUAUAUUUGGUAAUGCAGUUUACUGUGCACAAGUUGCAAGAUACUAAAUUGGUCUUUGAGCUUGAAUCUGGGCGAGAUGUGGGAUAUCUUCAGAUGGGACUUCGAGCGCUUCUGCAGCAGGUUGUGUUGCACUUGCAACUUAUCAGAAGCAGAAGAAAACUACAUGGCAUUACUAUGGAUAUCAUAAAACAACUAAGAAGUUCUGCAAAUGCCAUACUGAAUGUUAUUACAAGUUGGAUGGUUCCCUCUACAUACUUUGAAGGCAUCAGUCAACUAUUGGAACACACAGAUAAAAAUGUGAAAAAACAGACAUUGGGGCUGUUAUGUGAAACUGUGAAGAACCAUGGUCUGAUUCAGAAGAAGCAGAAAGAUAAAAAAACGAAGUUCAGCUUUCCACUUGUUAUCGAUGACAAUGCCAAACCAGCAUUUACUGAUUUGUGUUUAAAAAUAGUCCAGUUGGUUGAUGGAAGAAUAGAUACUUCAGACACUCGUGUGAAGCUUGCGGCAAUUUCUUCACUUGAAGCUUUAAGUAAAGAAUUUCCAUCUGACAGCUCAAUAUUUGCAUCAUGUAUUACAACUAUUGUCAAGCACAUUUGCUCAGAUGAUUUGGCUAUCUCUUCUGGGUGCAUUCGAGCUACAGGAACUUUAAUUACUGUGCUUGGUUCAAAAGCACUGCCUCAGCUACCUCUUAUUAUGAAGAAUAUGAUAGAAAAAACUCAUGAAAUUUCCAUUUGUCCUAUGAUUAAAUUAAAACAUAUCCAUAGCGAUAUAUCUGAUGGAAUUUCAGGCAACAAGUUAUUGAUACUACUCUCUGUGCUUACCACCAUAGAGGUAGCAAUAGAUAAACUUGGCGGGUUUCUAAAUCCUUAUCUCAAAGAUAUCUUGGAUCUUAUAGUACUUCAUCCAGAAUAUGCCUUAGAUUUGGAUUUGAAGACAAAGAUGAAAGCUGAUAGUGUGCGAAAGCUCUUGGUGGUGACUAUUCCUGUCCGCCUUAUGCUUACGCCUCUGCUGCAAAUAUAUUCUAGUGCUCUCGAAUGUGGUGAAUCAAGCCUGUCUUUGGUUUUUGAAAUGCUAGCCAGCAUGAUUAGCUCAAUGGAUAGACCAGCUAUAGGAACUUAUCAUGUUAAAUUAUUCGAGCACUGCUUGAUAGCACUUGAUCUUCGUCGUCAACUCCCAGAGUCAAUUAAGAACAUAAAUAUGGUAGAACAAAGUGUAAUUGAUGCAAUGACUGUUCUCACGAUGAAACUUACUGAGACCAUGUUUAGGCCUCUUUUCUUUCACAGCCUUGAGUGGGCAGAAUCAGAAUUUGAAGGAAGUGAUUGUGUUCAAUCUAGAAGCUUGGAUCGAUCUAUUUCCUUCUACAAUAUGGUCAGUAAGCUUACGGAACAUCAUCGGUCACUGUUUAUACCUUACUUCAAGCAUCUGUUAGAGGGUUGUGUACGAUAUCUAACUGAGGCUCAUGAUGGAAAUGAGGCUUUGGCAAAAAGGAGGAAGAAGGCAAAAGUUGCAGAUUCUGUCAGCUGUAGUAAAUAUGAGUUGCUGUUCCUUAAGCAGUGGCAUCUAAGAGCAAUAAUUUUGAAAUCAUUGUACAAGUGCUUCCUCUAUGACAAUGAUUUAAAGCUUUUAGACUCCACUAAUUUUCAGGUACUACUGAAACCUAUUGUCACGCAGCUUGUGGUUGAACCACCAAAAUCUCUUGAACAAACGCAAGACGUGCCAUCGGUGGAGGAGGUUGAUGAAUCACUGGUUUUAUGUUUGGGUCAGAUGGCCAUUACAUCUCGCUCUGAUGUUCUUUGGAAACCACUGAACCAUGAAGUCCUGAUGCAGACAAGAAGCGAGAAGAUUCGUCCAAAAAUUCUAGGCCUUAAGAUUGUCAAGUAUCUAGUAGAACACUUGAAAGAAGAAUAUCUAGUGUUCCUACCUGAGACCAUCCCGUUUCUGGGCGAGCUACUUGAGGAUGCCGAGCUUCCUGUUAAAACACUGGCUCAAGAGAUCCUAAAGGAGAUGGAGACCCUCAGUGGCGAAAGCCUUCGGCAAUACUUAUGAGAGGACCCAGAAUGACCGGAAAGUCAAAGCUGUCCAUCUUUGUUUUCCGUCCCCUGUUUCUUUUCUUUCUUUUUUUUGGGGUGGGGGGGGAGGGGAUUCUCAGAAGAAUUUUGUACGUCUUCUUGAGGCAUCUGAAAUCUUGUAUCAAAUUGUAGUAUCGAACAGACCAAGAUUAAUUUAUUGAUUUUAGAAAACAGUGUAAAUUGCCUCUUCUCAUGAUCGCAGCAGUUGAGCCCUUCCCCCUCCCAAUAGAAAAUAGUUAAAUGUUGGUAAUUAAUUGGUCAUGCCAAGUGCCUCUAUAUUUAUCUUCUGCAGUAUAUUUAUGUAGCAAUAAGGAGUCAUUUCCAUGGUCAUAUUUCUAUAGCCCGCAUGAGAUGGAUUCGAGGAAUUUGUAAGAACAUAAAAAUGUUUGAUUUCGGUUCUAUUUCCUCUUUCAGUAGAUUCAUUUUGUUGAUAUUUUUA